UGUUAUUUUAUCUUUGCAUCUGUGUCACAGAGGUUUUGUAUCUAAGCCGUGUGGGUCGUGCUCAUGACAUUAAUGAGAUCUUUGUUAACAUUUAGACGUGCACUUGUGCGUGUGCACAUGGGGUCUUUGCAGCACAUUAUCUUGCAGUUGUGCGUUUCUAAGGGAAGAGCCAUUACCAUGGUAACCCCAAGCAAUGAGUACCUUGUGAAAGGCUGGGCUCCCCUCUCUCUCUACCACUCUCUCUCUCUUUUAUCUCCGCUCAGGCCAUUCCUCCUACUCCACACACAAUAGUCAGCUAGGAGACAGAGAGGACAUUUCUUUAUAUCCUGCAGUCUGCCAAUGCGUUUCAGGUCUGUUCGAGAAGACUGAGCUUUGUCAUUUUUUUGCCACUGUGGGAUAUCUCUAGCCACUAGAACGUCUUUGUGAUUUUCUAGCAAAAGAUUAUCUUGUCAAUAAGAUGUUGCCCCGGUGUCUCUUCUCUGGAAAAGUGGAUCUUCUUUUUCUGCCGUGACGGAGGCUCGGCUUACUGAAGAUUAUAACAGAACCCACACAGGCUGGUAUUAUCUGCAUGUUGGGAAUUGACAGGAAUGUGGAUUUUUCUUCACAUUAAUGAGACUUAAUUUCAAAGCAAAGGCGGCGGCUACAUGCCCAAUAAAGCGUGCUGCUAAAAGUAGAACAAAUUAGACGUUCAAAGAAAGUAAUGGCAGACACCAAAAUUGUUUCUCAGUAAUGGCAACAAAGAACUUUUGUCCCCAAAUAAGGCGCAGGAAGUUGGAUGUGAGAAAGACUGAAAGGGAGGAAGAUGAGGAAAAAGACAUUGACUGUUCUCAGCCAGUCUCCCGCUGCCCAGCUUGUAACCGAGGAUAUGAUGUCGCCCUGAUCCUGCCGUGCUCUCACACCAUGUGUGGUCACUGUGUAGCAGCUGGAGAGAAAACGAGCUCAGGUCAGUCUCUGCUCCGUGGCGUCAGCCUAUCUGUCUGCUCUGUGCUGUGCCCCUGCUGUCGACAUCCUGUAGAGCUGCCGUGCUGGACGUGGUCAGCUGCCACUUCCUGUCUGCCAGAACAUCCCACCCUGAGCCAUUCACUUGUCAACAGCAGGGAGACCGGCAUCAAGACAGGGGCGUCUGAAGGUCACCCACAGGACAUGCAAAGCGACACACGCUGCAGGGAUGAAACUGAAGAAAGAGCACAGAGCUGUUUACCUGGCUCCACUGCUGCCAGUUCCCCAAUAACACCAGUGGAUGGCGUUGUAGACCUACAAGAGGCGGAGAUGGAGCAGUCCGUCUUUGGACUGUGUUUUGCUAUGGAUCCUUCCACUGUCCCUCCAUCCCUCCAUCUUUCCAACGCCUCCCUCACUGUCACCUACCGAGGGCCUCCCACCCCUCCUCCAGACAACAAGUUCAGGAGGUCAAAGAUGACCCCUGAUUCCAGGGUCGUGUCGGCCCUCCCGCAGGUCUGCGCCGAUGUCGUCAUCGCACAGGGACAGUAUUAUUGGGAGGUGGAUGUCUGCAACAGCUCCGUGUACAGGAUCGGUGUGAUCUCAUUGGACGGUGCUGGUGGCUGGUGGCUGGAAAGGCAGGGCUUGUCUUUUUGUGCAGUGUACGAUGGGAGCCGGGAGCCGCUCCGCACCGUCCCGCCCCAGAUCAAAAGCCUCGGGGUCUUCCUCAACAUCGGAGGGGGCACCCUGAGCUUCCACAACCCUCUGACCCAGGAGCACCUGGCCACACUGCCUACCCGCUUCAGCUCUGCUGGACUGCUCCCCGCUCUGGGUCUGGGCCAGGGCCGGCUGAGGCUUCGCUGCCGCCUGCCUCCUCCUCCUCACGUCUUCCUCAGUAAGGAUUCAGUCUACAGGGGACCUUGUGGGGCCGGCGGAGCCCCGUGGCGCAGGGAGAUUCCCUUCCAGUCUGUGAGGAAAGUGAUACAGAAGUUCGAGGAGCUGGCGGUGUCGGACUCAGACUCGGGCCUGGUGUCCAGUUUUGGAUCGUCCUGCUCCACCUUGGCUUCCCUUCCAGAUCUGGGGAUUCCUGGGAUGUUUCCCUCGGGGCACGCGGGACAGGAAACUGGCGCUGAAUGAAAAGAGCUUCUGAAACUUGCUCUUCAAUGGGAGCAUUAAAAAACACGCCCACAUGUCCUGUGGGUGGUUUGAUCUCUGGUUGUCAUUUGAAAGGCUAAUUUUUCAUCUUGAAGGACUUCAGGUUGACUGUUUCCACUCUCUGCGUGACCCCGGACCUGCAAUUCACUCUCUCCCCAGGACGCUGGCCUUUCUCUCAACCAAACAACCCCCCGCUGGUUUGGGCUUGGGCCAGAAAGAGUCCUCUAUAAUGUGAAGUGUGAGGAAACGGUGGGCUUUUAGCAGCGGGACUCCUUGGUUUGUCUCAGUGUGACGGUUGUCAGACAGUAGGGGUCCUACAGUAGCAGCGUGCACGUUCUGUGUGUGUGUAUGUGGGCACAAGCGCUACCUUUGAGUGUGUGCAUUUGCUCGGUCACUCAUACAUACAUCGGUGUGUGUGUGUGUGUGUGUGUAAGCAAGAGGGAACAAUGUACGAGCGGCAGGGGGUGAGAUGACGAGGUGCGAGUACAGUGACACCAGCGGUGUUGACACAGAGCAGCGAGGACAGGUGGUGACACGCAUUUAUCCCGCGGCCGGCCUUCGAUAGGACAGUAAGGGCUGCCCUCCUCUGACCCUUUGAAAACCACAGGACUCCCGGAGACUUCAAAAGAACAACAGAGAGCGGGAGAACAGAGAGGGAGAAAGAGAAAACAGCACGCAUGAAUUAAAGACAGCAGGUGAUGAACUGGUAAAAAAAAAAAAGAAAGAAAUGAGCUGAUUCCCAACAGCUUUCACCCCAAGGAGCCCUGAAUAGAUCAACUGGCUCGGACACGGACGCGGUGACGUCACAGCGCAGUGAUAAAGACGUAUUAGUCGUCUUGGCACAUUAGAUAUAAUGAAAGGCUUUAUUUUCAGUCAAACACAUGUCAUUCCAUUGGUCAGAUGUUGAAUUAAAAUUGUGAUUUAAUAUCUUGGUUUGCUAAACUUUUUCUUGGCGACUUGCGCCUCUCUUCCUCGUUGGGCUUUCAGCUCCACUCUCUCCCUGGUUUUCAAUGUUGGGCACAGAUUCAAUUUGUGCAAUUUUUUUGGCAAAGAAAACAGUGAGAGUAUAAACUUUUCCUCAUUUUCUCCUCAAUCCUCGGGGCUCCAAGCCCCAUUUGUAGAACCACUGGUGCCGGGGACUAUUUAUACUUGGCGUUGCCGAUGUUCAUAUUCAUUCUGCCUGUGACCACUUGACUUAUGAUUAAGUAAUGCAGAGCCCAUUGAAGAAAUCCCUCCUGUCCCAUCUUCUCAUUUCCUGUCUGUUUUUCACUGCCUGUGUUUGCUUUUGCGGAAGGUGCAAUCUCUAAGUAUUUAGUCAGACCACCCAAACUCUCAACUCUCACUGCAAUUAAAACGUGCAUCAGUCAGACGUAGUAGCAGCUGUAGCCCACGGACGCGCUCGCGGCGGACUUGGGGGGCUAAUUUUACGUUUCGUGCAUGCCUGAAAUCAGUUAAACAGACCCGGUGAUAAGCGAUGAGUCAAAGAGAAAGCUUGUUAGACUGUCGCCUCUCACAACACUCAUCACGGGUGACUGUGUGUUGAUGUUUAACGGUCGGGGUAUUUACCGCGCGAGCAGAAAAAAAUGCGGGUGCCGUGACCGCCUUUGGCGCGCUGCUCUGUCUCUCUCUCUCUCUCUCUCUCUCUCUCUCUCUCUCUCUCUCUGUCUGCAGAUACAUCAGCUUUUUCUUUUUACGUACAAAGUGUGUGGAAGCAAUUAGACUCUUGUAAACAGAAAUGAUGCAGAUUUCAA